CCGCGCGGGCGCAGGGCCUUCUCAUAUCGAUUUGCAAUGCCAACGUACGCAAGCAGUCGUGAAGAUGGUGUACUAUGAAAGUCAGAGUACGGACAUGGACAUUCUCCGCCCAGUUACGCUGCGCUUUGCCCCCCUCCUCAGAAUUGACCUGUCUGGCAGACUGGCCGAUCAGCUCCCAGUUCGCAUCGAGUUUGUCGGCACUGCUAUGAGAGUAGAGGCUCCGUCGUCCUCACCAUCGCCGUCAUCCUCACACGAGCGCCUGCGCACCUCUCCUGGAGCGGGGACGGUAUUGGUCCCUCGUCGAUGGAGGAGAGGGAAAGAUGGAGGAGGAGGCGGGGGAGCGAUGGGGUCCGAGGGAGGAGACAGUAAUGCAGGGGACGAGGGCGGCGGCAUUGCUCCUUCGUUCUCGCCCGCUGUUUUCCCGUCAAGUCGGCGGCGGAAGAGGAAGAAGAAGAUCUCUGUUCUCCUUCUUCUUGCUGGCUCUCCACCCUCCUGGCGCGCAUGGUUGGGCCUCAGAGCACUCCUGCUAGUUUCGUUCUUUCAGCUCGCAUUGGAACUGCGAGCCGAGGUAUUCGGCAUGCCGCCAACCAUCAUCCCGUCCAGCUCCAGCUCCUUCUCCCCCCCAUUGCCAUCGCCGCCGGCCAUGUUCCUGCCGUCAUCGUCACCUCCAGUUGAUGCAGGAGGCGCACAGCCGCAGCCACAGGGUAGCGGAGGCAAUUGCCCGUCGGCGUAUUAUUCUUGCCAUAAUGGCAACUGCAUCUACUUCCGACUGCGCUGUAACGGCAACGACGAAUGCGGGGACAACUCCGAUGAGCUGCAGUGUGCGGGAUGUUACGAGGGGGCGUUCUACUGCGUGGAGGAGUUAUUUUGCAUCGUGCCAUCGAGGCGCUGCGAUGGCAAAAACGAUUGCAGGGAUGGGUCAGACGAACGGGGAUGUCCGUCCUGUCAAGGCGGCGGGUUUCUUUGCACCAACCGAAUGUGUGUGCGCUCGACCCUGCGAUGCGAUGGGAAGGAUGACUGCGGAGAUGGCUCCGACGAGUACGGUUGUCCUCUGAAAGUCAACAACCAGUCGUUGCCCGGUAAGAACGGGGACGUGGACGCGACCAGGCCCGAAGGAAUCACUCAGCGUCCGUAUGCCAGUGGGGGAACUGGCGGGGCGGGGGAAGAAGUAGGAGGAACAGUGGGCCGGGGGCCGGUCAUGGAAGAGGCGAACGCGGGAACAAAGGGCGGCGGCGGCGGCGGCAGAGUAUCUCGGGCGCUGGUCGCAGGCGUCACCCUCGGCUGCAUCCUGUUCUUGGCGGGUAUCGUCGGUUUCCUGACGUUCUGCUACGUGCAGCAGCGUAGGAGAACAAGAAGGUCGUUCGCUACUAGCAGUGAGGCUGUAGCCGCUGCUUCUUCUUGCCCUCCUAUCAUCAGCUCCUCUGCCCCCAUUGCAAACCCCACUGCCGCCGUCGUCGCCAGUCGGGGAGGGCCGGCUUCUGCUCUCUCGAGCCCCAUUUCUACGUCUUCUCCACCGUUAUCGGCAAGCGCUCGUCGCACGCCACGUGCCCAUCGGCAACACUCCCGAUCCCCCUCGCCAAUCAACCCCAACGAACUGUGGAAGAGCCCUAAUGCAUCGAUGUCGGCAUCGCCGACGUCACGUCCUGCGGCCAUUCAUCCCAGGGCCGUUGGCGGGAGAGAAGUGGGCCCUAGCGGUAAUCAUUCUCAUCAUCAUCACGAUCGUCAGCGUCAACAUUGGAAUAGGAGCGGGACCGUCUACAAGGAGAAGCACCGCUACAGCGGAGUGUUCGCGGCCGCGCGUGGAGGGGGAGGAGCGUCUGUUGUUGGGUCUCCAGGGGAAAUUCCUCACUCCCCGGAGCCACAGAUGAGCGACGGCUCGCUUUCCGAGGAGGUUGCCUGUCUACUUUUCACACUAGAUCAGCUGAAGCUGGCGACGGGGUUCUUUGACUCCACCAACCUCCUUGGUAAAGGUCGAUUCGGCAACACGUACAAGGGUGUUCUGCCGGACGGGUCACAGAUUGCCGUCAAGAGGUUGACAUUCCGCGACGGAUUGAGAAAUGGCAGAGCUUUCAUAAAGCAGGUGGAGACUCUGGGGAUGGGAAACGAUUCUUGCCUUGUGAAGCUGUGGGGCUGUUGCGUGGAGGAGAGCGAGAGGAUGCUCGUCUACGAGUAUGUUCCGAACGGUAACUUAGGCGAUUAUCUAGGGCGGGACUGUGGGGCUGCGAAAAGCAAUUGCAAGGAAUGGGGCAGUGGCGGCGGCGGCGGCGGCGGGAAUGCCGGCGAUGGGAGUACUGGGGGCGACGGCAACGGCGGCGAGAAUGCGGGUGAUUGGUGUAUCGGCGACGGCAACGGCGGCGAGAAUGCGGGUGAUUGCGGUAUCGGCGGAGGUCGCAUCGGUGCGAAUAGCAAUGACGGCGGUAGCAUGGGCCGCGGCGAUGGCAAUGGGGGUAGUGGUGGCGGUGGCGGCGGUGGAAAUGGCGGAGAGAACAAUGGCGGCGUUAGUAGUUGGAUUCGUGAGAGGAAGGAGAAGAAGCGGACGAGCAGCGGUGGUCUCGGGGGCACAGUGACCUGGUCGUCACGCCUGGAAGUCGCCCUGUCUGUAGCGAAAGCGGUGAAAUGUUUGCACCAAUUGCAAGCAGCAGGACCUUAUGGAAUCGUGCAUGGGGCGCUGAAGGCAGGUAAUGUGCUGAUGGACGAGAACAAUAAUUUCAAGCUGGUGGAUUACGGCUUUCCGCUGCUGGCGCAAGAAGGGUGUGAGCUGGGGGUGCUGUUCCGCAGUCUUCACGACACGGAGUACUUGGCCCCUGAUUACGCGAGCACGGGAAGGGUGGAUCGAGGUACCGACGUGUACGGACUUGGGAUCUUGAUUCUGGAGAUCCUCUCGGGAAGACGAGCGUGCGAGAGGACGGCUUCACGACCGGACGGGCAGGGAAACAUUAUCACUUGGGCGCGCGACGUGCUGCAGAGCGACAAUUUCACGCGUAUCCUUGACGGCAGAAUAGCUUCAAGCUCCUUCAACUACGAUUCUGUGGGGAGGGUGGCGGAAAUAGCCGUUAUGUGUUGCGAGCCCUAUGCGGCGAACCGCCCCAGCUUGCAGUCCGUAAUUGCGGAGCUGUCGUCUGCGCUUGAACGCUGCUGCUGAUGAUGCGGCACUUGACAAAUGACCAGAUUCUCGCUUUGUUUUCGAAUUUGGUUCUCUCACGAGUUCCUUCAAUGGGGGGGCUGAGGUGGGGCGGAGCAGACAGGUGGCUGAUAGAGAACAGCGAUGGGGGUGGCGAUGGGUGUAGCGUGGGGAGGGGGCGGAAGGGGGGAAGGCCGACCGUGGUGUACAGCAGCCGGUGCCGGCCGUUCUGCCUUUCGUGUAUUUGCUGUUGUACAGAGGAUCUUGGGUCUCCUAUCCUCUGCUCCACCCCGCGCGAUUCACUGGGUCUACGUCUUCUGGUCAGACGAUUGGCUGUGCAAUGCUGGUGGGAAGAACGGACACGCACCGGUGGGAAUGACCCGCCUCACCCGAAGGCUAUCUCACACUUCUCAUGAUGGAAGUGUUUACCCACGCCACCACAAGGAUGAUGGGUAAACGGAGCGAGAAAGAAGGCACAUCCACACAGGGCAUACCUACAAUGCUACAGACACACAGAGUGUGUGUGCGGGGAGAGAGAGAGAGAGAGAGAGAGAGAGAGAGAGAGAGAGAGAGAGAGAGAGAGAGAGAGGCGCCGACUUUACCGGGAACGGUCUGUGUGUGGUAAUGCGAACACUUUUGGAGCUGCCGCAUGAAGUGAAGGGAUGCCAGGUCUCUCACGGAUGGGAGAAGGGAUGCCAGGUCUCUCACGUCCUGCGAGAAAGGGCGGUAAGAGGAGACUAAUAGCUGAUAGCUGUCGGGAGGAGGAGGGUGGAAGGAGGAACGCAGUGGGGCAAUCCACGAGGAUAUGUGGGAGAGAAUGGACGUAGUUAGCGGUGGAUGCCAGCAUGAAUACUGGGUAGGUGAUUUAUGUUGAAGAUCGUGCUUUUCUGCCUGCAUGCUACUACGAAUCUGUUCUUGCGUGCGCCUGCGGGGGAACGUUUGUGUGGGUGGGUCUCUGUGCGUACAAGGAUAUGUGUGCGCGCUUCUUUGCGCCCGCAUGCGUCUGCCUGCGUGUGUGUGUAUGUGUGUGCGUAUGUUUCUAUGAUUGCGCACUUGCGUGUGCGUGUACUUGUAGACGUUCGUGUGUGUGCAUCCGUGCGUGCUGUACUUGUAGACGUUCGUGUGUGUGCAUCCGUGCGUGCUGUACUUGUACGCGUUCGUGUGUGUGCAUGCGUGCGUGCGUGUGGGCGUGUGCACGUGUGUGUAAGUGCGCGUGCGAGAUGAGGCCAACACAGUGGGUAAAUUUUGAGGACACGAACGUGGAAGUGUAAGAGAUUCUUUAAGGUGGAAGUGAGAGAAGGUGAAUGGGAAAGGAGCGGCAACACACGAACAGAGACAGAGGCAGACACACAGAGAGAGAGAGAGAGAGAGAGAGAGAGAGAGAGAGAGAGAGAGAGAGAGAGAGAGAGAGAGAGAGAGAGGGAGGUCUAAUUCCUGCCUACUGUGUUUGGGUGGGGAUAUGGAGGAGGAAGGGCAGCAUCUGUGAGAGUGAGAUCUGUACGGAAACCGUGGCUUUUUCUUUGUAGAGAGAAUAAUGCUCAACGGUAGGACGUCCAAGCCACCACCGACGGCCGUUUGAGCUCUCAGUGCGAACGCGUACUUGUACGGCGCGCUACUUGUACUAUACUUCAUUGUACUAACCCCAUUCUUGUUGCUAGUUUAUUCUUGUUCUAGAGAGAUCAUCUACCGAAGUCCUGAGAUGCGGUCAUUUACACACUCCCUUCGCACGAUCAUUGUACUGACCUUCUUCCUCUCCGUAGCGUCCUCUGCGACCGCUGCUGCUGUCCAUGCUCAAACCCUAGUACGCUGAGCGUCUCAAAGAAAUGCCAACUAGCUUACCUCUCGAGUCCAGCGCUCUCACUUGAGUCAUUAAGGCCUAACAAGGGAAUAGAAUACGGUACCCACGUUUGACAUCUUGUUCCCACCGUCUCUUCAGCGCUUAACACUCUUCUACGUUCCUGUUAAUCGUUCUACUUUUUCUCCACUCUUCGUCGCCAAAACGUAAUUUACGUUUACGUGCGCCCCCCCGCCUUCCUCUCCACCGAUCUCUUCUUCGUCCGCCUCCACGCAUCAUCAUCAGCAUCAUUGUCGUCCUUCCCGCCGAUUGUUCCACUUUCAUAGGUUCAUUAUUCUCUCCUGCAAUCUGUCAUUGUUCGGUACAAUAAAGGUCUUUUUGUUCCCCCUGUUUUUCGCAUGCGAGAGAGAGACAUUGCUUGACUAAAUGUAGGCAACAUCCCGGCCCUUUUCCCCCGCGUAUCCUAUGCGUUCGUUGCCCGGUUUUCCUCUGGAUGCGAAAUUCGUAGUCCCGGUGCUCCUGGGUCGUUGCCGAUGAACUGGGGGUGCUUCUGCUCGGUGACACCCUGUUAACCAGGCUAGUCGUCUUUCAGUUGCCAUCGGUUUUCCGGCUGGGUAUGUCACGUCAUGAGUAACUGACACGACAUGCGAUUGAGGGAGAAGAAGAGGAACACCUGAUGUGCCCUACCGUAGUCAGCAGCGAGCCACGUUCAGGGAGCACGUGGGCAGCUAGCUACCCGUAGUCGGAUUGCUGACGUCAUCUUUCAUUUGAUUCGAUCUAUUGUUGAUUAGCUUCUUCGUAUGUACAGCAAGAAGGAGGAGGAGGAGAAGAUGUAUGGUUUCUUCCUUGCUCCUCCUGGUUUAGACACCCCCAAGGCUUAACGACGGUUCCUCCGCGCUCUCUUCCGCCUCCCCCGCCCGCCUAUCCCUCGCCCUCGCCUCCUGCGGUGACGAAUCGUCGCCCAGGCCAGGCAUCCUUUCAUUCAGGUCAGUUGAAUUUGUUGUCGUUGUCGAUAUUGGGGCUGAUUGCUCUUGUUAUUAUCGUUGUUGUUGUCGUUUCCCAAUUUUGGUCCUGUCUGCUAACAAAUCAAGAUUAACCAU